AUGAAUGUUGAAAUAGAUUUGGAAUACAUGAAUUGUUUAAAACCAAAUAUUCAUGUACGGCUUUCUGAAUUUCCUGCGUGUGCUGAAAUUUAUCGAAGUAUACUCCCAAAAUGUGCUGACAUUGGAAAAUUUGUUAUUAUAACAGGAACAGUGAUUAGAAGUACUUCUGUUAAAAUGUUAGAAUAUCAAAAAGAAUAUAUGUGUAAUAAAUGCAAAUAUUCUUUCACAAUUGAUGCUGAUAUUAAACAGUAUUAUUCUAUGCCAAAGCCUACAAAAUGUCCAAAUCCAGAAGAUUGCUCAUCAGUUAAAUUUACGUCUAUUGAAAAUGAUAUGAAUCCAAAUUGGGUUCGUGAUUAUCAAGAAAUUAAAGUUCAAGAACAGAUUCGUAAUUUGGUUGUUGGAACAAUGCCAAAAUCAAUGUGGGUGAUUUUAGAAAAUGAUUUGGUGGAUAUUUGUCAACCUGGUCAUGAUGUACAAGUCAGUGGAAUAGUAUUACAACGUUGGAAACCAUUGACAGUUGAUAUUCAGUGUGAUAUUGAACUUGUGUUAUAUGCAAAUUAUAUAGAAGUAAAAAAUAGUCAGUCAUCAAGCACAGUAGAUUUAGAUGAAAUGAUGGAAGAAUUUAAAUUAUUUUGGAAAAAUCAUAGCUCAUGUCCAAUUGUUGGAAGAAAUUUUAUAUUAUCAAGUCUUUGUCCUCAAGUGUUUGGUUUAUAUAUUGUAAAAUUGGCCAUUGCAUUAGUAUUAGCAGGUGGUAUUGCAAGAGUUGAUGCUAGUGGGACAAAAAUUAGGGGUGAAUCUCACCUGUUACUUGUAGGUGAUCCAGGAACAGGAAAAUCUCAGUUUUUGAAGUAUGUUUCUAAAAUUUGCCCUCGUUCUAUCUUAACAAGUGGAAUUGGUAGUACAAGUGCUGGAUUAACUGUCUCUGCCAUUAGAGAUGGAGGUGAAUGGCAAUUGGAAGCUGGAGCUUUAGUUCUUUCAGAUGGAGGAAUAUGUUGUAUAGAUGAAUUUAAUAGUAUUAGAGAACGUGACAGAGGAAGUAUUCAUGAAGCUAUGGAACAACAAACUAUUAGUGUUGCCAAAGCAGGAUUAGUUUGUAAAUUGAAUACACGAUGUUCAGUUUUAGCUGCUACUAAUCCUAAAGGGCGUUAUGAUGUUAAUCAGCCCCUUAGUGUAAAUGUUGCAUUAGCAAGCCCAUUAUUGAGUCGCUUUGAUUUGGUUCUUGUAUUGUUAGAUACUCGUAAUGAAGAUUGGGAUAAUAUGGUUUCAUCUUUUAUUUUAGAAGAUAAAAGUCCAUUAAUUGAACCUAAUGAUGAAGAUCUUUGGGGCUUAGAAAAAAUGAAAGCAUACUUUUGCUUAAUCAAGACUUUAAAACCAAAAUUAACAGAUGAUAGUAACAGAAUACUUCAGAAAUAUUAUCAAUGUCAGCGUAAUACAGAAAACCGUAAUGCUGCUAGAACUACAAUUAGAUUACUUGAAAGUAUGGUUAGACUUGCACAAGCACAUGCUAGAUUAAUGUUUCGAGAAGAAGUGAUAGUGCAAGAUGCUGUAAAUACAGUAAUAAUCAUGGAAUCUUCAAUGCAAAGUUCAGCUAUAAUUGAUGGAUUAGAUGUCCUUCAUACAACUUUUCCAGCUGAUCCAGAAUUAGAAUAUAAAAAUCAAGUAAAAAGUGUAUUACAGUAUUUGGGUCUUGAUGAUAUAUUAGAGAAAGAAAUAAAUGAAAGUUUUAGCAGUAUAUCUGAUAGAAUAAAAUCUGUUGUUUACACUGAUGACAAUGUAUCGAAUACUUCUAUACUAAACAUAAUUUCUGCAGAUAUUGAUAAAGAUUUUAUUACUCUUAAUUCUGAAGAUGAAAGAGAAAAUCAUGAAAAUUCUCAAAGUUAUGAUUCAAAUAUAAAUAAAAUGUCUACUUUUGAUUCAUGGAAUAGUGUUUGUGAACAGAAUUUUAAAGACAAUGAAACAAAAUGUAAAAGUAUAGAAAAUACAUUAUGUACUAAAUCAAAUUUGUCAUCUUCACAAAUUUUUGAUAUUGAAAAUAUUAAUAUCAAUGAUAUUAAGAAAAAAUUUUCAUUUAAGAACAAAAAAAUUUCAUUUAAGAAGACAAAUAGAAUGAAAGAAAAAAACGAGAGCUUAUUUCCUACAAAUAUUAAAAAUGUCUCAAAUGAUGCACCUCUAUUAUCAGAUGAAGCAUUUUCAGAAAAGAAAUUGAUAUUAGCAAAGACUGAAUCAAAUAAUUCUGUGCCAUCAUGUUCAACAGUUUCUAAACUGAAAAAUUUUGCUUACGUACAAAGACCAAAAAAUAGUAUCUCUCUCAGCAAUGUAAAUGAUACAGUAACCAUAACUAUGAGUAAUAAGAACAGUCUUUCAACUACCCAGUCCGCUAGUCAAGCAUUUAAAAGUGAAUUUCUGAAAAAAAUGUUUAAUACUAAUGAUAAUAUUUUAGAAGAAUUUGAUUUUGAUUUUCCUAAAAAGAAGCAAAAACUAUAAAAUAGUAUUUUUUUUAUUAAAUAAAUAUUGUGUUGAAUUUUUAUAUUUGUUAUAAAAUUUACAUUUCUCAAAAAUUCCUUUAUUAUUUUUAAUAUUUUAUUUAAUACUUCAUCAAUGUAUAUCUAUUCAAAUAACAGUAUUUUAAUAAAUAAAGUAAGUAGAACAAAUAAUCAUUGUCAUGGAUUAAUGAAAACUAAUUUGAUCUUCUCUCUUGAAAAAGUGGAUAUUUUCUGAUUUCUUUUUAAAUAUAGCUUCAUAAUUCAUCUGUUUUUAUAUCACAGGAAGAUUUUACUUAGUAUAGUUAAGUUUUAAAAGUUUUAAAUUGCCUUUAAAAUAUUUAAAACUCCUUAACCUUUUUUUUUUUAAAUUUUAAUUUUUUAAAAGGUGAGGUUAAGGAAAAAAUUUUUAAACAUUUAAACAGUUUUAGCAUUUCCAGGCAGAGAAGAGCAUCAAGAAAAGGUAGGUUAGGACCAUGCCAGAUAAAUUGUUCCUCCUAUGAUAUGAAAAUGGAUGAAUUAUGAAAACUUUGUAUCUUAUUUUUGUGAAUUACAGUAGACCUCCCCCUAUAACACUGUUGAUAAUUCCGUUUUAUAUGAAUUCCA